AUGGCCCUUGAGAUCUGUUACCAUAAUGAUACUCCCUUACCAAGUGAAUCUCCCAAUGUACGCACGUAUGUUCUCUACCCCCUGCUCCAUCAUCAACCUGUGCAACUUAAUAGCGAAAUCAACAAAACCGAAGAGAGAAAUCAUCGUGAGGUGUUCGUUAUCGAUGAUAAUAGUUUAUCAAUUCAAUCUUUUGAGGUUGUUGAUUCAUCAGCUGUCAGUAAAGAAAAGAGGAGCGUAUGA